AUGUCCGAUCCAAAGGCGGCGCUCAUCGAGGUGCUGGCGCUCGCCUCCUCCACGGAUCCCGCCGUCCUCAAACAGGCCAACUCGCAGCUCGACGAGUGGGAGAAGCUGCCCGACUUUUGGCUCGUCCUCCUCCAGAUCGCCUUUGACACGCAGCUCAGUCUGCCCACUUCCUCAUCCACGGCCUCAGGACACGAGCAACGAGAUGCGAUUCGCAUACAGGCCAUCAUCCGCUUCAAGAAUGGCAUCGACAAGUUCUGGCGCAGCCGUGUCGUCGCGCGCGUCGCCGUCACCAUCCCACCCGAGUCGAAACAAGCGAUUCGGUCGCUCCUCUUCCACUGCCUCCGCGAGCCCAACCGUACCAUCGCACUGCAGGCUUCCGUCUCCAUCUCCCGCAUCGCUCGCCUCGACUAUCCGCGCGACUGGCCCGAUCUCUUCACCACCCUCCAGCAAGCCAUGGUCGACGCACACGCCGCCCUCGCUGCCCUGCCUCCAUCGCCGCAGAUUGGCCAGCCCCAAGACGAGGCAACAGCACAGGCGCGCCAGCUCAACACCACCGUGCUCAUGCGCGCAGCAGACGUCUGCUCAAAGGCGCUCAAGGAGCUCGACUCCGUGCGCGUGCUCGCCGGCAAGAUGCGCAUGACCGAACUCUCGCGCGAGCUCCUCCCCGUCCUCCACCCGAUCUUCGAGCAGUACUUCACCGAGGUCUUUUCGCUCUCGGCCAACGACGAUCUCGGCACGCUUGCAGCAUGGUCAAACACGGUGCUGCGUCCAGAACACGUGCGCACCAGCCAUCUGCUGCUCAAGGCCAUCAGCCGUCUGGCCGUCGCCGACAUCGGCAUGAUCUCGCGCUCCACCACCUCUCAGGGCGGCGCAUCCGCCAACAUGGCCCAGGCCUUCUUUCGCUCCACCCCGCGCGCUCUGCAGACGCUCAAGGACACGCGUCUGGCCUAUCUGCGCCUCCUCCGCUCUCCGCACGCCGCGCAGCACACCUCGGCCACCACCUCGGCCGCCCUCGUCACCGCGCUCACAAAACACCUCUAUGCAUUCGGCAAGUUCUUCCUCUCGCUCAUCCAGCGCGACAAUGGCAAGGCCGCAUUUUGGCACGGCUGGGCCGACGUCGUCGGCUGGUACUGGACGCAGGCCAAGGACGUCAACGACCACAGCCUCUCGGUGCCGCGCGACGACUAUGCCAACCACGCCGCCGCCAUCGACUAUCCGCCACGCUUUGUGGUGCAGGCGCUCGUGCUGCUCAAGCACUCGCUCGCACAGUGGAAGGGCAAUCGGCCCGAGGGCGGCUUCUUCCUCACGCACGACUUUGCCCGCGAGGCCGCCGACGUGCUCGCGCGCAGGCUCAUGCGCCUCAAUGCCGACGAUCUCGAGCGAUGGCGCGCCGACCCCGAGGAGUGGGCGGUGGGCGAGGAGCAGGAGAACUACGAGCUCGACAUCCGUCCCGCCGCCGAGCGCGCGCUCAUGGUGCUGGCGCAGCAUACAAAACCCGUCGGCUGGGUGGGGCAGCAUCUGUGGCAGCUGUUCGAAGCGUCCGAAAGUCUGUCGCCUGACCGUUUAGACGACGUCCUGGCACGCGAUGCGAUCUAUGCAGCCGUCGGGCGGUGUCGCGAUCAUCUCUCCCCCGCAGGCGAGGACGACGACCGUCCGAGCAUGGACGUGCUCAUGGGCCAGGCGAUUGCCGCCAAGCUGGUCCCCGAGGCACGCGUGGGCAGUGUGGCGUCGGCAUCCUGGGUGGUUGUCAGGCGCAGGAUCGCAUGGCUUCUGUGGGAGUGGUCCGAGCAGGUGCCGCGCGAGUCGCGUCUGGACGUCUACGCGCUGCUCGUCGAGCUGCUCGAGGAUGUGCCGCAACAGACGGACGUAGCGGUGCGUCUUGCGGCCGCGCGUUCGAUCGCCGCCAUCGCCGACGCGCUCGAGUUUGACGCCGACGGCUUUGAACCGCUGCUGCCCAAAGCGCUGCGCAACCUCGCCACGCUAGCCGCCGCGUCGGACCUGCACGAGAUGGAGUCGAUCAAGGUGUGCACGGAUGCACUCGCCAUCCUGAUCGAGCGCAUGGGCGCACGCAUUGCGCCGCACGCCGAUGCGCUCGUCGACCUCGUGCCCAUGCUGUGGCAGCAGGACGAUCCGGACUGCAAGGCGCGUCCGUCGAUCAUCGUGUUUGUCUCCAAAGUGCUGCGUGCCAUCGAGAUGCUUCCCGCCGAGGGGACCAGCGGUGCGCUCAUGCAAAAGGUGCAUCUCAUGGUCGCGCCCAUCGUUCGCGAGUCGUUGCAGCCGAGCGUAUCGCAUUUGCUCGCCAAGGAUGCCAUCGGUAUGGUGUGGAUCCGCGCACUGCACUCCACGCCCGUCAUGACGCAGCCGCUGUUCGAACUCAUGGCGCUCGCAAAGGUGCUGGUGGUGCAGCCGGACUACUGCGUCGAAAUGUGCCGCGUGGUCGAGGAGAUGGCCAUGCUCAAUCCGCUCGAGCUGCUCCAGACGUACGGCGCCGACCUGCUCCAGGCGAUGGGCGGCAUCAUUGCGGACCCGUCCAACCCCAUGGUGCUGGCGCCCAUCUCGGCGCUCGAUACGCUCGUUCAGGCGCUCGUCGGACUGCCCAACUGGAACCAUGUGUGCGGUGCAUGGAUCGACGCGCUCGAGUCCACGCGGCUGGUCGCAGCGAUCGUGGGCGCACUGCUGCACUUUGCAGACGCUACGCUGAUUGCCACGCACUUUGUGGCGCUGCUGUGUCGCAUCGCGUUCCACUGUCCCGACGCCACGUUUGUCCGUCUUGUCGAUGCAGCGUGGCGCGAGAUGGACCAUCGUCAAUUCGCCACUCCCGCAGCAGUGUGGCGACCACUGCUGAAGCUCGUGUGCGAGCGGUUUGACAACAUGGCGUCUGCACGCAAGCGGCGCGUGACAGCGCUCGGGCUCGCAUCGAUGCUCGAAUCGGCCGUGGUGGCGUACGAGCAGAACCCCGACGCUGGCGUUCAGGAGGUGAUUGCAUGCGUGCCCGAGAUGAUCGGGGUGUGGAGCGAGAUUCUUGCCGAACUGGCCGAGUCCAAACCACUCGCCACAAGCAAGUACCGCCGCCCUACUUCGCCGAUUGCAUCCAUGGAGCUCGCCGAUGUGUUUUUCGACGACGAUGACGACGCAUGGAUCCAGGACGUUUCACCGGGAGCAGCAAGGGCGCAGAGAACAGCCCUUGCCGAUGGAACGCUCACGGCUCAGGUCAACAAGCAUGUGGCCGGCGUGCUUGCGCAUGCCCAUGCAUCCGUCCCAGCAGUUGCGACGGCUCUGGCCCAAAUGGACCCGCUCGUGCUGUCCAUGUUCCAAUCGGACCUCAACAAAUAG